ACUGAUUUGUGGUUAAGUAAUAUUCUUCUCCAACUGUACGUAUUUUCUCCGUUCAUUCACCGGAAAAUUCGCCGGCACCGUUAAAAAAUUCUCGGUAUAUCAUCCUUCAAGCUAUCCAAUUUUCCUUCGAUUCUUCUCCUCCUCCUGUAAGAAUCCGUCCUCUAUUCUUUGCCUUUCAAUUUCCCUAUCUAAAGCUAUUCCAUUUUCUCCAUCCCCCAAAUAGUUUUUUUCAAAUUUUUCCCCAAAGCUCCCAAAAUUCAUAUUUUUUUUGGUAACUAUAACAUUUAUUCAAGUAAAGAACCAAUCUUGAAUCUCUGGGGCUUUGGGAGAGGUUUUAUUUUUUAUCUUUUUUUUCUUAAUUAUUGUUACAUUUGUAAGUAAUAUCUGUACAGAUUGCAUUGUGAAAAAUGUGUUGAAACCCACAACACAUUUUUCACUUGUUUAGGGUCUUUGAUAAUUUGUAGGUUGAUUUGUGAAUAUAGGGUUUGGAACAAAUUUUCCGUAGAGGAAAAUGUCGUCUGCUGGGGUGGUUGCAAUUAGUCCAAUUUGUAUAAAGAAUAUGGUAAUUCCGCUUGUACAUGGUCAAGAAUCAAUUUUGAUUUACGUAGCUAUGUCGGGUUCGAUGAUGCCAUUAAGGGUUUUGGAGUAUGAUUCAAUUGAAUCUGUGAAGGUACAGAUUCAGAGUUGUAAAGGGUUUGUGGUGAAAAAUCAAAAAUUGGUUUGUGGGGGUCGUGAAUUGGCUAGGAGAGAUUCACUUAUCAGGGAUUAUGGAGUUUCUGAUGGGAAUGUUCUUCAUUUAGUCCUUAGGUUAUCUGAUCUUCAAGUUAUUAAUGUGACAACUUCUUCUGGUGAAGAGUUUACAUUUAAUGUAGAGAGGAGUCGGGAUGUUGGAUAUGUUAAACGUCAACUUGCUGAAAAGAAGGUUGGUUUAGGUGACAUUGAUGAACAGGAAGUGUUGUGUAAAGGUGAAUAUGUUGAAGAUCGGAGGAUCGUAUAUGAUCUUUGCAAGAAUAAUGAUGGGGUGAUUCAUUUGUUUGUGCGUAAAAAUGCGAAAAUUAGGGCUAGACCAUUGGACAAAAAUUUUGAGUUGUCCAUUGUGGCACCAUACCAGAAUGAUGUGGUUAGAGAAAACGGGAGUGGGACUGAAACAGAUCACAAAGUUUUGGUCCCGAGGAAGCCUCCUGAUAGGGAAAUAUAUUUGGAACCUGUAAUUGUUAACCCAAGGAUUGAAAUUCCUGUGGUACUUAGGGAUAUGAUUGUUUCUGCAUUUGAAGGCUUAGAUAGAGGAAAUUAUCCUAUUAGAUCAACUGAAGGCACGGGAGGAGCAUAUUUUAUGCGUGAUGCAUCAGGGAAUAAGUUUGUUGCAGUGUUUAAGCCAAUUGAUGAGGAGCCUAUGGCUGUGAACAACCCCCAAGGGUUGCCUCUGUCAGUUAAUGGCGAGGGCUUGAAGAAAGGAACAAGAGUUGGAGAAGGUGGUUUCAGGGAAUGCGCUGCCUACAUUUUGGAUCAUCCAAAGAGUGGACGACGCUCACUUUCAGGUGAGCUGAAAGGCUUUUCUGGUGUUCCUCCAACUACUUUUGUGAAGUGCCUCCAUAAGGGUUUCAACCAUCCUGAUGGUGUUACAGUUAAGCUGGGGUCCUUGCAGAAAUUCAUGGAGAAUAAUGGCAGUUGUGAGGAUUUAGGUCCUAGUUCUUUCCCUGUCGAGGAGGUGCAUAAAAUUGCAGUAUUAGAUAUGAGGCUGGCAAAUGCAGAUAGGCAUGCAGGUAAUAUUUUAAUGAGCAAAGGUGAAGAUGGCCAGGUUGAGCUCAUUCCAAUUGAUCAUGGUUACUGCUUGCCCGAUAGUUUUGAAGAUGUCACAUUUGACUGGCUCUACUGGCCACAAGCUCGUCAACCUUUUAGCUCCGAGACCAUUGAGUACAUUAAAUCACUUGACACUGAGGAAGACAUAGGCUUAUUGAAGUUAUAUGGGUGGGACAUACCUUUGGAAAGUGCUCGCACACUGCGCAUCUCCACCAUGCUUUUGAAGAAAGGUGCAGAGAGGGGUCUCACACCAUUUACCAUAGGGAACAUCAUGUGCAGGGAAACCUUGAACAAGGAAUCCGUGAUUGAGGAGAUUCUUCAAGAAGCAUUGGACUCUAAGUCCCCUGGCUCAAGUGAAGAUUCGUUCCUUGUAUCCGUCUCCCAUGUAAUGGACCGUCGUCUUGAUGAGAUUGCCUGACGACAUUUCACUCAAGAGUUGGUAUAUGGGGGGUGGUGUACAUAGGAGUGUCUGAGGACACCCUUACUUUGCCAACAUCAAUUUCAAGAGACUAUCUUGAUUCUUACUUAUCAAAAGUAAAAACAAAAAACAAGAAAAAAAAGAAAAGAAAGAGAUAACCUUAGAUUUUUUUUGCAGUUUACUGGAAAUGAUCUUGCUAGGCUUUUAGCAAGUUCUAUGUCAGUAUCAAUUGUACAAAUACUGUAAAGUUUUUUACUCAUAUUUGGGUUAU